GCUCUCUCCCUAGCUGCCCUUUGCCUUCCUGGCAUCCUGAGGGGCGACUUUUGGCCUGCGCUGCUUCCCCUCGUGGGCCACACUCCCCCUUCUACUCCUCCGGACACGUGGUCCGCAAGAACAGCUAAACUUGGAAACUCCCGAACUCCCUGAGGCCUGGUUGACCUGAUGGCCUCAGGCCCGCUCUGGAGCCCCCAGGCACUCCUGUUACCCUUCCUUGGGAAGUCACAGCUGAUGAAUUCUCCUGCCACCAGCCAGCCCCCAUGGCCGCCCCUGCCCUGCUGGGCCUCCUGGAAGCCAGGGAGAGAGCCAAGAUGGCUGGCGCUCCCUCGAGCCAGGGACCUAACCUGGGCAGCUGAGAGGGCAGACCAGAGAGGCGCAGAGUCAGGCCAGGAUGACCUCUCGGGAGCAGCUGAUACAGCAGGUGCUACAGGAGCUGCAGGAGGCGGUGGAAUCGGAAGGCCUGGAGGGUCUGGUCAGUGCUGCUCUGGAGGCCAAGCAGGUCCUGUCAUCCUUCACCCUCCCCUCCAGCCGGGAGGGGGGCUCCAGCCCCCAGGUGCUGGAGGUGGACUCCGUGGCCCUGAGCCUGUACCCGGAGGAUGCUCCCCGGAACAUGCUGCCGCUGGUGUGCAAAGGCGAGGGCAGCCUGCUCUUCGAGGCGGCCAGCGUGCUGCUGUGGGGUGACGUGGGGUUCAGCCUGGAGCUGCGGGCCCGCACCGUGGUGGAGAUGCUGCUGCAUAGACACUACUACCUCCAGGGCAUGAUCGACUCCAAGGUGAUGCUGCAGGCCGUGCGCUAUUCCCUGUGCUCUGAGGAGUCCCCUGAGAUGACCAGCCUGCCGUCCGCCACCCUGGAGGCCAUCUUCGACGCGGACGUCAAGGCCACUUGCUUCCCUAGUAGCUUCUCCAACGUGUGGCACUUGUACGCCCUGGCCUCUGUCCUUCAACGCAACAUCUACUCCAUCUACCCCAUGCGAAACCUCAAGAUCCGGCCCUACUUUAACCGGGUCAUCCGGCCUCGCCGCUGCGACCACGUGCCCGCCACGCUGCACAUCAUGUGGGCCGGCCAGCCCCUCACCAGCCACCUCUUCCGCCACCAGUACUUUGCCCCCGUGGUGGGGCUGGAGGAGGUGGAGGCCGAAGGUGCCACUGGCCCUGCCCCGGGCCCUCCGGCCCCGCUGCCGGCCUCGGCCAACACCCUAGAGCUGCUCAACCGCGAGCCUGGCCUCCGCUACUCCCACCUCUGCCGGCGCUAUCGCGUCACCAAGACCACCUUCUACCGCUGGCGGCGGCAGUCGCAGGAGCAGCGGCAGAAGGUGGCUGCCCGCUUCUCGGCCAAGCACUUCCUGCAGGACAGCUUCCACCGUGGCGGUGUCGUGUCGCUGCAGCAGUUCCUCCAGAGGUUCCCCGAGAUCUCCCGCUCCUCCUACUACGCCUGGAAGCAAGAGCUCCUGGGCUCUGGCACCUGCCCGGCCCUGGCCCCCCAGGAGGAGCAGGGGGCCAAGGGGCUGGGAGGCUCCUCGCGGCCGUCCAGCCCUGGAGUGAUCUUAAUGCAGCGGGCCAAGUUGUACCUGGAGCACUGCAUCUCCCUGAACACGCUGGUCCCCUACCGUUGCUUCAAACGCAGGUUCCCCGGCAUCUCCCGCUCCACGUACUACAACUGGCGCCGGAAGGCCCUUCACAGGAACCCCAGCUUCAAGCCGGCACCGGCCCUGUCCACCCCGGGGGCUCCCCAGCCAGCCUCUGUUCCGGAAGAGGCUCUGCUCCCUUGGAAGAGUAAGGUGGGAGAGGGGGCAGGCAAAGCAACAGCAGGGGGACCACCCGCCCCCCACGAGUUUCUGCCCCCAAAAGUGCCCCUGUCCCGUUGGCAGAGGCGCCUGCGCAGGGCUGCCCGCAAGCAGGUGCUCAGUGGGCACCUCCCCUUCUGUCGCUUCCGCCUCCGCUACCCCAGCCUCUCGCCCUCCACCUUCUGGGCUUGGAAGAGUCUUGCCCGGAGCUGGCCCAGAAACCUGUCCAAAUUCCAGAUGCAGGCCCCCACCCUGGGCAAAGUGGGGAUGCAGGCAGCUGAGGAGAAGCAGGAGAAAGAAGCUGGUGGAGAUGUGAUUGCUGUGAAUGUCCCCCCUGCUGGGACCCCCCUGCAGGUGGGGGCUUCUCCAGGAGAGGAUCCAGGGAAAGCCCAGGAAGGGCCUUCCAGAGAGGGGGCCAUCACCCAGGGCCAGCCCCACAGCAGGUUCCUGUCCAGCCACCCUGUGGCAGAGGCAGCAGCGGGUGGCAGGGACGGCCAGGUGCUGGUGAUGGACAUGCUCGCCACCACAAAGUUCAAGGCCCAGGCCAAGCUGUUCUUGCAGAAGCGCUUCCAGUCUAAGAGCUUCCCCUCCUUCAAGGAGUUCAGCGCCCUCUUUCCACUCACGGCCCGCUCUACCUACUACAUGUGGAAGCGGGCACUGUAUGAUGGCCUCACCCUGGUGGAUGGCUGACGAGGAGGUGUGAAGGGGGCUGGGAGGAGAGGGGGCCCAUUUGGACAGGGUCAGGGACCUAAGUUCACCUCUGGCUUGGCUAAGAUGCCCUUUGCUCUGGUUCCCACAGUGUCUACCUCAAAUCCAAGGGCAGCUUUGUGCUAUCUCCUGGCUCUAAGGCAGACGGAGCCAGAAAUGAGCCAUCUGGUCUCUUGCAGAGAGCUACAGGACCAGAAUUGUUCUCUUCGGUUGUUUGCCAUUCUUGCUUUUUAUUGUCUUGGUUUUAGUUUUUUGUUUUGAUUUAAGUGGGUGGGCUGCCCGCCCCACCCCCCAGCUGGUAUUGGAAACUGUGUUUGGGGGUUCUGAGGGGGUUUGUUAGCUAAAGCUGCUUUCAACUUCUCCUGGGGAUGAAGGAAGUACUGUAAUCUAACAUGGCUAUCUGUCCCCUUAGGCAGAAUAUGUGUCUUUGGUUUCUUUUGGGGGUUGACACCCUCAUUACUGAAAGAUGUUUUCCAAAGAAACAAUGGGAGUCAAAGGUAGAGCAGGUCAGUGGCUUCUUUCUGGUACCCCCAAGGAAGAAGGUGCCAGGCUCAGCAUGAGAAGUAAGGGUAUAGAGGAAGAACCUCUAAGGGAAGGCCUUGAGCUAGAUCACUGAGGUGCUGGCCUGUCCCUUGCAAGGAGCUGGUAAGGGGCUGGGGGAGAGUGUAGAGUCUCUGCUGGUGCUUGGCCCAUCUGCUGUGGAGCCUCUAGUCCUCUGCCAGUCUGGAUGGCUCUUGGGGACACUCGUCCUUCUGUUGAGCCUCUCCCCUGAGCCUGGGCCCCAUCAGUGAGGGAUCAUACAGUGACCGGGCAGGCAAGUAACUGAAUUUGCAUUGUCCAAGAGUCAAGUUGGAAAACCAAAGAAAUAAAGAGAUGUGGUA